AUGUGGUCUGAUGACGAAUCCUUAUCCAGAAAAACUAACGUCGCUAGUUCUGUAGGUCACCGAAACAACCUGGGCGAAAAAAAGGCUGAGGACAAAAACAAUUUUUUAUCUUUGUGUUGUCUGGCUGAUCCUGUUUGGGAAUUGUUGGACCCUCUACCAGAUAUCAGAUUGCUGUUUUCCUCUUUCGACAGUCAGUUCUUCGGAAAUUCUCUUGGAUGUGUAGAAGUUAAAUGGAGCUCCCGGAUGACGCUUUGUGCAGGAGUUUGCAAAUUUCACAAACCUUAUGGAAUGUGUUCCAUCAGCCUAAGUGAACCUCUACUGAAAUUUAGACCGCGGAAAGAUCUCGUGGAGACUCUGCUGCAUGAAAUGAUUCAUGCAUUUUUAUUCAUAACAAGGAGGGACAAGGAUCGUGAUGACCAUGGACCCAAUUUCAUAUCGCACAUGCAUCGCAUCAAUUCGUUGGCUGGAGUAAAUAUUACUGUUUACCACUCAUUUCAUGAUGAAGUUGAUGCAUAUCGCACUCACUGGUGGCGUUGUACCGGUCCAUGUCGCGACCGUCCACCAUACUUUGGCUAUGUUAAACGUUCUAUGAAUAGAGUGCCUGGUCCUAAGGAUACUUGGUGGGGUCAGCAUCAAGCUACGUGUAUAGGUAAAUUUGUAAAAAUCAAGGAACCAGUCAAGAAAGUUCCAUCUAAACGGAAAACUUCACUUGAAUCCAGUUCAAAAGACCAAUCUACAUCAAAAAAACAAAUUAGGAGUGGUGAUAUUCGAAAGUUUGUCACCAUUAAUGAUGUGAAAGAAAAUACCUCUACAGAAUUCGCUAGUCACCCGAACAAUGGUGGGAGCAGUUAUUCAUCAGUUCAUGUUUGGCCUAGCGAUGAUAAAGGUCAUAUCCUCGGAAAUGGUCAUUCGUCAUGUCAAGAUAUGGCACUGGUCAAAUCGAAACCAAAUGUAGUUGAAACAAUUGAUUUAUCGGAAGUAUCCUGCCCUAACUGCUCUUGUACUGUUUUGCUCUCUCAGAUUAAUCAACACUUAGAUAUUUGCCUUUCAUAG